CCUCAAAUCAUCAGGCGCGAUGAAGAAAGAGUACCUCAGACCCCCGUUUGGGGACGCGCCGUCGCUGCCAUCGCUGCCCAGCAUGAGCCAGCUCAUGACGCGGUCGCCGCACCACCAUGCGACGUACCCGCCUUCGCCGAAUAGCAGCGACCAUGCCUACCGCGCCAAGCCCAUGCAUGGAUACCAACCGCGCCACCCGCAGCGCGCGCCGCCGGCCUACUACCCCGAGCCGCGCCGGGACGUGUACGCCCGCGCGCCAUCGUAUGCGCCGAUGAACGAACCGUACUAUGAGAGCAGUGUGCAUCGCCAGCCCAUGUUUGCGCCGCCGCCCCGCCAGUACGCGCACCCGUCGUACUACGCGUACCCGACCGAGUACGAGCGCAACGAAAGUAGCUUCAUGCCGCGCCGCGAGUACCCCGUGCAGCAGCGCACAGCCUACGAAGCAGACGAGUACGCUCACCACGCGAGUCUCCAGCACAAGCCGGCGCCCGUGUACUCGCCCGAGUCGUCAGACGUGCAGGACAAUGGCAAGGAUGCCAAGAAACGCGAGCGCUGGACAGCUGAAGAACACGCGCGGUUCAUGGAAGGCCUCAACAUGUACGGGCGCAAGUGGAAGAAGAUCCAAACGCACGUCAAGACCAAGACCGCGGUCCAGGUCCGGACGCAUGCGUACGGGUACUUUGCCAAGCUUUUGCGCAAUAUGCCCGAAGAGGACGCGAUCUGGGAGGUCGCCGAGGUCGUGAGCUCGCUCCCGAGCUCAGUCCUCAAGGGCCCCGGCAGCGGCAAGCGCCGCACGGAGCCCACGACGGGCGAGGACGGCAUGGACGUCCUCCGCAAGUUUGUGUUUUCCAAGCGCAAGCCAGACGAGAAAAGAAAAGCAACUACCGACGCGGCCGCCGACUCGACGAGCGACGACUCGUCCGACGCGUCGACGACCGACACGGUCGCCUCGCGCAAGCGGGAGAAUGACGCGCCAAGCAGCGAGCCAAAGCGCCAGCGCACGAGCAAUGCAUCGUCCGCCGUCCUGAACGUGCGUCUCUCGAGCCCCACGAUCACGAACGAAGCCCCGUGAGCGGUGUCGCCCCUCCUUGGCGCCUCUGUCGCGACCACCCGGCCUUUCUCGUUAAUCCAAUAUGCGAGCAUGUGCCCCGAUGUUGCUGUGUACCAUACCACUGACUGAAUAUUAGCACGAUCCAUCUAACAAGUACAUUACACCAAGAGA